GUGGGCGGGGUCAACCCGAGAUGACAUGCAGAGUGGGCGGGGCCAGCGUUCGUUGUGCCCGGUGUAAUGGCGGCGGCUGCGGGCACUGUGAAUGAAUUCUCCCGGCAGAAAAGGCACGAAGAAGAAACCGGUGACCCCAGCGGCAGAGACAGGUCCCGGGCCCCCGGCGCCCCUACUUCCCCCGGAAGCCCCGGAGCGCUCCGUCACGCCCUCUCUUCAUAAGCGGAACCUGUACGUGUUCUCGUACCCGCUGCUGGCCGUGUUCUCGCUGUUCCGGUUCCUCGCCUUCCACCUCGGCCUGCUCUUCGUGUGGCUGUGCGAGCUGCUCUCCCGGGGGCUCAUGGCGGACAAAGCGCCCCGCAUGGCGGGGGUGGGAGCCCAGGCCGCGGACCGGCCGCUGGAGCCCGAUGUGGUGCGGAGAUACCACCAGGAGGCCUUCCACUGCAUCUCCAUGGCCCUCCGCAUCGACGAGCAGGAGAAAGAUCAAAAGGAGCAAGCUAUUAAAUGGUAUCAGAAAGGCAUUGAUGAAAUGGAGAAAGGUAUAGCUGUACAAGUUAAUGGACAAGGUGAGCAGUUUGACAGAGCACGCCGCUUGCAAGGAAAAAUGACUGCAAACCUGCUCAUGGCAAAGGACCGUUUAAAGCUUCUAGCGAAGCUGCAAUCAGAUUCACAACCUCAGAACGCACAAAUGGAGGUCUAUAGUGACCGUACUAACCCACCUUGCACCAAUGGACAUCUGAAGCCAGAAAAGGGGGCCAUCUCAAAAAAGACAGUACCACCAGCCCUUACGAGUACUGCCUCUCGUGGAAGGAUACUACCCAAAAGCACAUCAACAGGAAUUUCAAAUACACAUAGGAGUAGUACGGACACGCCAUCUUCUGCCAGAUUAGCAGGAACUCGUACAUCUCCUAACAGGGGGACAGGAGGAAAACCAAGCACAAGACCACAUGGCAGAGCAACAACACCAACUACAGCAGUUAAGAAAAAGGACAUUAAGAAUUUAAGAAACGUAGAUAGCAGCCUUGCAAAUAUGAUUCUCAAUGAAAUUGUUGACGGUGGUCCAGCUGUUAAAUUUGCUGACAUUGCAGGACAAGAGCUAGCUAAGCAGGCCCUGCAGGAGAUUGUUAUUCUCCCUUCUUUAAGGCCAGAGUUGUUCACUGGUCUAAGAACGCCUGCACGUGGGCUGCUGCUAUUUGGUCCUCCUGGAAAUGGAAAGACUAUGCUGGCAAAGGCAGUGGCAGCAGAGUCAAAUGCGACAUUUAUUAACAUAAGUGCAGCAAGCCUUACUUCUAAAUAUGUUGGUGAAGGUGAGAAAACCGUUCGUGCUCUAUUUUCUGUGGCUAGAGAACUGCAACCAUCUAUUAUUUUCCUAGAUGAGAUUGAUAGCCUGUUAUGUGAGAGAAAGGAAGGAGAGCAUGAUUCCACAAGGAGGUUAAAAACAGAGUUUUUAGUUCAGUUCGAUGGUGUACAGUCUUCUGGAGAUGACAGAGUCCUUGUCAUGGGGGCAACAAACAGACCUCAAGAGCUUGAUGAUGCUGCUCUCAGGCGAUUCGCAAAGAGAAUUUAUGUCUCAUUACCAAAUGAAGAGACAAGGCUACUGCUUCUCACAAAUCUCCUAGUCAAGCAGGGCAACCCACUGUCUGAAAAAGAAUUGAGGCGGUUGGCAAGGCUGACAGAAGGAUAUUCAGGAAGUGAUAUCACUGCCCUGGCAAAAGAUGCAGCUCUUGGACCAAUUAGAGAACUACAACCUGAACAAGUGAAAAAUAUGUCUGCUAGUGAUGUGCGAAAUAUAACUUAUUCCGAUUUUAUGAAUUCAUUAAAGAAGAUAAAAUGCAGUGUGAGUCCUUCCACAUUGGAGUCUUACAUUCAAUGGAACCGAGACUUUGGGGAUACUACUGUCUGAGUGUGUGUGUUCAUCCUAUCCCUGAGGCAGGAGUGGGACACUAAGCAAGCUUGCUUUAUGGAAAUUCAGAUUUGCAAAUGUUUACAAUAAAAAAAAAAGGAAAUUGUCAGAACUGUGCACUUAACCUUUAGAAAUGCCUAAACACAGAUGGGGAAAAAAUAGUUGUACAAAGUUUGAUGUUUGCAGAAUCUUUUGCCCUUUAGAGUUGAGAUUUACUCACAGGGCACCCUCUGUAAUGUAGAGCAUUAUAAAUGGGCAAUCGUCAAUGUCUGGUUAAGAAGAGUUCAGUUGGCUCUACAUUGAGUUGCUGAUAUAACAUUUUGUACACUGUGCUACAAGCUCGAUUGGUCUGAUUUGGCUACAGGAAGACCCCCGUGCCUUCAGUUCCUGCUUACUGGUGCCUGCCCUUUCUUUUUUUUUUUUACUAGCUUAAAAUCUUCUAUACUCCUUAUAUCUACUAACUGCGUUUUUGUAAAUUUGUAACUUUUCUGUUGGGUGUGGGUGGAUGAGCAAAAAUUAAAGGGGUUAGUAAGAGUAUUGCUCAUUUUUUUGGAUACGUGCCAAAGGAAAGUAUUUAGUGGUCCUGGAAAAUCCAUAGCUGAUCCACUUUAAGAACAAAAAUAAACUGUGAAGCAGCUGGUUUGCUUUAUUGGUGUGUUUUUAGGGCUAUAUCACAGAUAAUUUAGAAUAUUUCAGGUAUGGG